AUGCUUUUACAGGUUUUAUCCGUGGUAGGGACCGUUCUAGGAUUCGUAUUUUUGACGCUUUCCAUCGCUUCAGGCCUCUACUAUAUCAGUGAAAUCGUCGAAGAACACACUCAAGCAACAAAAAGAUUUUUGACAAGAGCUAUCUACGCAAUCAUCGUACUUCAUUUACUACUCGUACUACUGGAUGGCUUCCCCAUUAAAAAAUCACUUUUUGCCAUCGCUUCGUAUUUCAUCUACCUGCAAAAUUUGAAGACUUUCCCAUUCAUAUCAUUGACUGAUCCAAUUUUCCUGCUGAGUGCAGCUUGCGUUCUAUUGAAUCAUUAUUUCUGGUUCCAGUUCUUUAACGAAUCAUCUCACAUUCCACCACAAUUUAGAUUCGAUCCAAAUUACAUCCCACCAAGAAGAGCUAGUUUUGCAGAGGUCGCAUCUUUCUUUGGCAUAUGCGUUUGGUUUGUCCCCUUUGCGCUCUUCGUAUCCCUAAGCGCUGGUGACUACGUAUUACCAACGACAAAGCAAGAUCACAGGAAAGACGAUUCUGAGACUAAUGGACAACCAAGAUUCAGAAGAAGGGCUGUUGGAUUGGUUAGAGUGGUUAUUAACAACAUUAGAGACACCUUUAAGGACCUGAUAGGUUCUAACUCCAGGUCACGUGAUAGUCACAUUCUUGGUGCUUAA